AUGGCCGUCCAGACGCGAUGGCAAUCGGCGCAAUACGAGUCCACGCGGCACAGAGAGAUGGAGUGUGAGGCCUUAGACCGGGCUGACGAUGUCGUUCUGGCCGACGAGGAGUCGGAGCAGGAUGAUGUUGCGAUGGUGCAGACGGCGCAGCUCAUGGGUGCCGAGGGUGGCGCCGCUGGGCUCAGUGCAUUGGGCAACGAAGGGCUGACAGAUGCAGCUCCACGCCGCUCGACUGGCGGGGUCGACGAGCUAUUGAAGCAGCUGCGGACAGAGCCCACCGACGAGACCGAAUGCGCCGCCAAGUUCAUGCUCUACGAAGGCUACAGCAAGGAAGUGGAGGAGAUGCGCUCGGCACUCAUCAAGUUCCACGAUGAGACGCGACCGACUUUGCCCAGCUCGGUAGCGAGGGAUCUCUCGAAGCAGGUGAAGCGGAUCGACUCCACCGAGGCCAUGGGCAUCCCCGACGAGAGUCGGGAGUGGUUCGUCUUCCACAUGAUGAAGCAGGCUGAGAGGAACAACGUGAACAUGGCGAAGGUGCUGGACAACUUCGAGAAAAAGCUUGAGUUUCUCGCGAAGAACGACCAACAAGAAU